AUGGCGACACCUGCAGUUGCCCACAACGACCUCGUACCUGGCACAGUCCAUCUUGUCGAUGUCGCCGACGAGGCCCAGAACGCGAAGCACGCCGCCGAUCGCAAGGACAUUGUACUCGUCCCGCGGCCAAGCGCCGAUCCGGAGGACCCCCUCAACUGGUCACGCAGGCGCAAAUCUCUCGCCAUCGGCCUGGCAUUUUUGUAUACAGGCGUUGGGAUCGGCAUCCCUUCUACCUUGCACUACAGCGUGCUUGCGGACAUCACGCGCGACACCGGCAUCACGACGGCCCAGCUCGUUCAGGGAACGGGCCUCAACUUCCUCCUAACCGGGUGGGCGUGCCUCCUUUGGCAGCCUGUCGCGCUGACAUAUGGCCGCCGCGGCGUGUACGUGAUCUCUUGUCUCUGCAUGGUCCCGAUCAUGGUGUGGACCGCAUAUACGCGCACGGCCGGGGAAUGGUACGCGAACCGCAUCCUCCUCGGCCUGUUUGCCUCACCCGUCGAGUCGCUGCCCGAGGUCUCCGUGCCCGAUCUCUUCUUCGCGCACGAACGGGGGACGCAUAUGGGGAUGUACGCAUUCAUCCUCUUCGGGUCGAAUUUCGUCUCUCCCCUUAUCGCGGGCUGGUUCAACGACGCGUACGGCUGGCGCUGGACGAUGCUCUUCGGUGCCAUCAUCUCGGCGGUUUGUGCCGUCAUCCUGUUCUUCGGCUUGGAAGAGACCAUAUACUUCCGCAGUACGGUGGAAGGGCAGGAGCUCGAGAUUGCCGAUUCGAGACAGAGUGUGGAGGCGAGCCUUGACUCGGACGAGAAAGAUGGGAAGGACACCAAGAUGGACGACGUCACCCAUAAUUCGGUCACCACAGUCCCCUCCUUCCCACCUCCACGCACAUACUGGCAAAAGCUGGCGUUGUUUGUCCGCAUGCCCGGACGUCCGAGCAACAAGCAGAUGUUCACGAUGAUGUACCGCCCGCUGCUCAUCAUGCUCUGGUUCCCGUGCACAGACUGGGCAGGCUUCCUCUAUGGUAUCAAUCUCUCAUGGUACAACGUGCUUAACGGCACCGCGUCGCCUGUACUCUCGGCACCCCCUUACAACUGGCCUUCAGCACUCGUUGGAUCCGCGUAUGUGGCGCCCAUCAUCGGCGCGGCUAUCGCUGCCGUCUGGUCAGGCACAAUAGCGGACAAACUCACAAUUCGCCUCGCACGGCGCAACAAGGGCAUCCGUGAGCCCGAGCAGCGUCUCUGGCCACUCUUACUGUCCGGGACCAUGGCCACCGCAGGUCUCAUCACAUGGGGCGUCGGCGCGUACUACGGCGUGAGCUGGGUCGGUCUGUGCUUCGGAUUGGGGAUGUUGACGUUCGGUGUCGUCACCGGAGGAUCGAUCGCGAUAUCAUACAACGUAGACUGUUUCAAGGAAUUAGGAGGAGAAUCAAUGAUCAGCGUGAUUAUCAUUCGCAACACGCUUGGGUUCGGAUUCAGCUAUGCCAUCACGCCUUGGUACACGAAUCAGGGAUUGAAGAACUGCUUCAUUGCCGCGGGCUUCGUGUCCUUGGCGUGCACGUUCUCGUUCCUGCUGAUGAUCGUGUUUGGCAAGAAUCUACGGCGAUUCUCGCGGGAGAAGUACUGGGAAUAUGUUGCGACGAGUGUGGUCGCAGUAGACCAUUGA